ACAACUCGGAGGUGGGAAGGGAUCCCGGAGGCUGUACCUAGGGGAGGCACGGAGUGUCCGGGUCGCUUCCCUGGAACCUGGGAUAGGUGGAUCUAGAAGGAACGUCCCGGAGCGUGGCCAGAGUCAGAAGACGCCCCCCUCACCCGUCUGCCUGUGGGAAACAGGAGCAGCUUCCUUCUCGGGGGAAGCUGAGGAGACGGCUGUAAAUCAACCAAAAGAGACCAGAGAAUUCAUUUGGCUGAGGAAGGGAGCUAGGCGGCUUCUGGAAGGAGGUGAACACCGGGAGACAUGGCUUCCAGUUCACACCCUGCCUAGCUGCAGAUCCAGCCUGGCCCGGCAGGAUGUCCCGCUAGACAGCCAUGGACGGAGCCCACAGUGCAGGCCUGCAGCUGCAGCCACUCCCACCCACCAGCGGUGCCACCUCCACGAGCCUGAGCAGCAGCGAGGGCUCCUUCUCCUACAAGGAAAACUUGAUUGGCGCACUCUUGGCGAUUUUCGGGCACCUUGUGGUCAGCAUCGCCCUUAACCUGCAGAAAUACUGCCACAUCCGCCUGGCAGGCUCCAAGGAUCCCCGGGCCUACUUCAAGACCAAGACAUGGUGGCUGGGGCUGCUCCUGCUACUGCUGGGGGAACUGGGUGUGUUUGCCUCCUACGCCUUCGCGCCACUGUCACUCAUCGUCCCUCUCAGUGCUGUCUCUGUGAUAGCAAGCGCCAUCAUCGGAAUCAUAUUCAUCAAGGAAAAAUGGAAACCUAAGGACUUUGUGAGGCGCUACAUCUUAUCCUUCGUUGGCUGCGGUUUGGCGAUCGUGGGCACCUACCUGCUAGUGACAUUUGCACCCAAUAGUCAUGAGAAAAUGACAGGCGAGAACAUCGCCCGGCACCUUGUGAGCUGGCCUUUUCUCCUGUACAUGCUGGUGGCGAUCAUCCUGUUCUGUCUGCUGCUGUACUUCUACAAGGAGAAGAAUGCCAACAGCAUCGUUGUGAUUCUCCUCCUGGUGGCCCUGCUUGGUUCCAUGACGGUGGUGACAGUCAAGGCCGUGGCAGGAAUGCUGGUGCUGUCCAUCCAAGGCAACCUGCAGCUGGACUACCCCAUCUUCUACGUGAUGUUUGUGUGUAUGGUGGCCACUGCCAUCUAUCAGGCCACAUUUCUGAGUCAGGCCUCUCAGAUCUAUGACUCCUCCUUGAUCGCCAGUGUAGGCUACAUCCUGUCCACCACAGUGGCCAUCACAGCAGGUGCGAUCUUCUACCUGGACUUCCUCGGGGAGGAAGCUCUGCACAUCUGCAUGUUUGCACUGGGGUGCCUCAUCGCCUUCUUGGGCGUGUUCCUGAUCACUCGAAACAGGAAGAAGGCCAUUCCGUUCGAGCCCUACAUUUCCAUGGACGCCAUGCCAGGUAUGCAGGACAUGCAUGCAAAAGGGAUGACGGUCCAGCCUGACCUCAAAGCUUCUUUUUCCUAUGGAGCCUUGGAAAACAACGACAGCAUUUCUGAGAUCUACACCCCGGCCACGCUGCCGGUCAUGCAGGAGGAACACAGCUCCAGAAGCAACCCUGGGGUUCCCUACCGAGUCCUGGAGCACACCAAGAAGGAGUGAUAGGCUUCCCUGGGGGGGGGUCACUUCCCAUAGGCCACCCAUGGUUCCACUCUUCAUUGCCCAAACUGCCUUUCACAUAUCCUGGUUUCAAAUGGAAAACUCUGUCCAAGAAGACCUUUCGAGGCCCCUGUCUCGGGCAGAGAAGCCAUUCAAUGACCUUGGCCUUGGAAAUUUCAAAUAGUGGGGGGAGUCCCCAAGGUGGGGUGUGUGGCCUGUUAAGCUAGUGGGAGCUGAAGCCAUUUUACCUUCUUGGGACAGUCGGUGGGCGUCAGGUAAUGGUCACAGGUCACAGGCGUCCACACAUUCCUUGGAGUGAAGGCAAGACAGUGAAGAGUCUGCUCCCUCUUUGCAAAUGCAGCAAAAGGCUGGAGACCUCCACAGUGGGUCUUCCUCUACCCCACACGCAUGCUUCAGCUCCACCUGAUCCACUCACCAUUCUAGAGCUCUGAAGAUACUGCUGUCUCGUUUGCCAGGCCCAGCAGGGCCAACCCUGUGUGGAAUAAGCUGUCGUUUGCACCUUCCUGGCAUACAUGGGCCAUGGCCACCCCAUCACCUGUGACCUUCUGUGAAGACCUGGCGGUGUCUGCUAGGUCUGUUCCAAAAACUGGCUUCGUUCCAGUCCUUGAAGAUUAUUUCAUUGCUUCCUCCCUCCACAGAAGCCAAGAGAACAGAGGUGGAGGGGGGCAGGAGCAUGGCGAGGAGCAUGGCAAGGAGCAUGGCGGGGAGCGGAGCUGCCUUCAGCCCUCUCUGUUUCCAGCCGGUAAGAAAGGUUCCCGUGAUUCUCCUGUCCACCCCUACAGAGGAUGUGGCCGAAGCUCUCUGUAGGGCUAGCUACUCUUCUCCUGCACAUCUGGCUCUCCGGAAGAGCCAAAGCCUCCUGCAGAUCCACUCUGGCCUCCUCCUCGUCCUCCCCGUCCUCCCCGUCCUCCCCUAACCUCCCACUAGCUAAGCCUCAGCUGCCAGUUUUCAGCCCGGUUCAGGCAAAGCAGGUAUUUUCACACACAGGUCUGCAGCUUUCUUCCUGUCUAUUCCGUGAGUAGCCUCCCCCUCUUCCUCCCUCACUCCCCAACCAAUGCACACAUUUGAGAGUAGCUGGCAAAGGCUUGCAGGCUUUGACAGGCAUUAGAAUUCCAGAGGAGUUUGUUUAAAACGUAAGUUCCUCGCUCCAACUGUAGUGACCUGGGUCAGUGGGCCUCGGAUGGGGCCCAACAGCCUGCAUCAUCACAGGAGAUCUACACCCCCAGAGAACCUACCCCCUCAGAAGCCUUCUCACGGGCCUCUAAAUCCCAAGGGACCACACAGCCCUGCUGGAAGGUUUAAACCUCCAGUUUCUUACCCACUCAGGGCUCUGUAGCAAGCUAGAUGGCCCCAUCGGACCUGCGGCAGUCCCUACCCAGUGACCACUACUGGAAAGUGACAGUGUUAAUAGGUCAGUGUUGAUAAGCCAUCCUCCGCACAGCUUUUCACACCCAAACAGUGCUCUGACUUCAGAACCCAACCAUCAGCUAUAGAGCCUACCACCACUUCCGUAUUUCGUCUUGACCAUGUCUGUAUUGUGGCUUGCAUGCCUGCGGUUAAAAUGGCAACAGAGGAAGGGCUGUUCAACUCAGCCCAACAGCACUAGGCCCUGGGUGUUUUUCUUAAGUUCUGGGGGCUGUUUUACCAUAUAUCUCACCCACAAAGCUACAAGCAUUACACGUAGUUCUGCCCUCCAGGACUUCAGGGGACACACACGUACCAGGAACCUUGGGAAGGGCAAGCUGUGUGGCAGAGAGGCAGAGAGUUACAGAGGCUUGCCAGAAGGCUAAGCCCUGAAGUCAAUAGGUGUUCAGAUUGGAGACAAUUUCUGUGCAUUCAUGGUGGAAAUAUAGCUAAUAUUAGAGAGUGGGUGAUCACACCCUCCUCUGACCCCUGCAAGGAAAUGGGCAGCUCUGGAAAGUCAGAGGUUAGAGCCAGGGUUGUCAAAGAGCCUGGGGAAGGAUAAGAGACGAACAUCAAAAGACAAGCAACGGACCUGAAGCAUAGUGGCUCACACCUGGGACCCCAGUCCUUGGGAGACGUUGGUCUUUUCUUCGGGAGGAUUGCCACAAAUUCUAGCUAAGUUUGACUACCAAGUGAGACUUCGUCUCAAAACAAGAUUAACAGUGAAGAUAAUCAUUAAAGAUACAUGACAAGCUGGCAAAGGCAAGUAUCGCAGAGGACGUGGGAGCUACUGAAGAGUCAUGAGGAAGAGUGUAGCAGGGUCAGCACCUAUGGGAAAGGAGACCCCGUUCUGUGGCUGGAGAGAAAGAUAGAGCAAUAAGUCACCUUUCAGGGUCAGGCUCCAGGCCCCUAAGAACAAAGAACUGAAGCUUCUGUUCUGCUAGCUGGUGGGGAUUGGCACGUGGGGGGUGUGCACAAAGAAGUUAGCAGGGAGAUUGUUUACUCGGGGCAAACCCAGGCAGUCACCAGUCGUCUUGGCAUAGUAUGUAUGCCCAGCCUCAUUCUUCCCCUUCCCUCCUCCCGUAUGUUGUUAUCCCUGGCCAGCCUGAGGUACAGGUGUACUGUGACUGCAGGUGAUGCAGAAAGUGUGGGCAGUGCCACCCAGACACUGCUUCCUGGGGCCUGAGCAGCUAGAUGGCUUUCAGGUUGGGGAUAGUAGCCACCAUUGUCCAAACAAAGCCAUGAGAGAUGAACAGAAAGGCCUUUGAGCUCCUGAGUGGAGAUGGGGCAGGGCAGUGGGGCAGUGGGGCAGUGGGGCAGUGGGGCAGUGGGAGACUGUCCUAGCUGCCCUGGUUGGCCCCCAGUGUCACUGAAUUGUCAGCUCACAGCAGGGCUGCCCUGUUGUUACAAUGAGGAAGGAAAAGACCAACUUUUUACCCACAACCCUACUUUCCCUGGUGGCUCUGACAUCACCCACCCUGAAGACAGGCAUUCAGACUGUAGUCUAGGCUGAUCUUGAAAUCUCCAUCCUCCUGCCUCAGCCUCUGGAGUGCUGGGAUUGUGGGUGUGUACUACUGUGUCCAGCUCACAUCUGAACCCUGCUGGCCACAUUAAAUGCCACACAGCCUCUCCCAGCCACAAGGCACCUCCCACAGGGUCGUCAACCAGGGGCUAAACUUCAUUUGUUCACUCGUCUUCCUCCCCGACCCCCACUCCAAAUCUCUGUUCUGUGGGUUGGGUUCCUGAUUAGACAUUAGAACAGAUGUUCUUAUGAACUGCUGCUUUUGAAGGGGGAGUCCUGACUACACUGUGGCCUGAUGGUACCCUCACUUUCAGCACUAGAAUUUGGGGUUCAUCAUGGAUCUGAGUACUGGUGGGGAGGGGGAACUUAGGAUCUCUGGUUGCCUUUCCAGUGGAACUAGCCGGCUUAAGGGUAUCACAGGAACAGACCCAGGUGGCCAUCAGAGAAGGUCUGGGCCCUACCCACUCUGCAAUCUUGCAGAUUUCAAAUGUGACCCAGCUCCGACACCGAAGUGGCUGUGUACAUAAAGUCACUCUAGAACAUAGUCUAUGUAGAUGCUUAUAUUUUGUUAAUGUCAAAACUAAUACAGCAUGUGUUAUUUUGCAAAAGUGUGUAUACUGUGUGUAGAUAACAUUGUAAAGUGGUAUUUAAUUAAAAAUCCAAGCAGUA